AUGGCAUCUCUAGUACAGAAACAACUCUUCAAAGUCCUCUUUACAUUCUUCUUAUUAGUUUUACUCUUCUCUGAUACCGCUUUUUCGUCCCGGAAAACAUUGGAUCAGAAAAAACCAUGCAAACACUUCUCCUUCUACUUCCAUGACAUCCUCUACGAUGGCGACAAUGUAGCAAACGCAACCUCAGCUGCCAUCGUGAGCCCUCCCGGACUAGGAAACUUCAAGUUCGGUAAGUUUGUGAUCUUUGAUGACCCCAUAACAAUGGACAAGAACUAUCUCUCGAAACCCUUGGCUCGUGCACAAGGCUUCUAUUUCUAUGACAUGAAGUCGGACUUCAAUGCUUGGUUUUGCUACACGUUGGUUUUUAACUCGACGGAAUACAAAGGGACACUGAACAUAAUGGGUGCGGAUUUGAUGAUGGAGCCGACAAGAGAUCUAUCGGUCGUUGGUGGGACCGGUGAUUUCUUCAUGGCUCGUGGGAUAGCGACUUUCGUGACGGAUAUAUUUCAAGGGGCUAAGUAUUUCCGUGUUAAGAUGGAUAUUAAACUCUAUGAAUGUUACUAA